UGCAGACAUAUGACCUGGGCACAAGCCCAAUAAACCACAGAUAUAAAACCUCUUUACCUAGGGUUUGUUUUACCAGUCAAAACAAUUCAUCAUUUUCUGCUCUCGAAAAAGCUUUGGAGGCCGCAACAAUGGUGAAGGGGAGGCAAGGCGAGCGCGUCAGACUAUAUGUCCGUGGUACAAUCCUCGGAUACAAAAGGUCGAAGUCGAAUCAGUACCCAAACACGUCGCUGAUACAGAUUGAGGGGGUGAACACGCAGGAGGAGGUGUCGUGGUACCUCGGGAAGCGAAUGGCGUACAUUUACAAGGCGAAGGUGAAGAAGAAUGGGUCCCACUACCGCUGCAUAUGGGGGAAGGUCACGCGCCCACACGGCAACAGCGGCGUGGUUCGAGCCAAGUUCAAGUCCAAUCUGCCCCCAAAAUCCAUGGGAGAUAGACCGCCGCCGGAGGACCGCAUCGUCUCAACACCAGGGACGACUGGAAUAGGGGGAAACCAAGGCAAGGCCAUCGCCACAGACUUACCGCAAGGUUGCCCGCAGCCACCGUCGGAACACGACCGCCGAUGUAGUCCGCCUUUCCUCGCCCGCUCUGGAGCUCAUCUACUCGAGCGGAGACCACUACAGGGACGGAUAAGUAACGGCCCACUGCUGCCGCUCCACCGAACCUUGGGCGAGCCGGAAGGUUGUUGCUUCAAAUCUCCAAGAAUUUCGAACAAUCGCCAUGUGGGCACUUCGAAGAGCUUCGCUUCAGCUCAAGGUGCUCUAUGGCUUCUUUCUUUUCAGGAAUCGAGGAUUAAGUUCCAGAACCAUCCGGAUUUCAUGUGCAAAGCCAGAGAUAGAAAGAUUUUACUCGGAAAAUCACAUUCUCCAUACCCUUCCAUGAAAGUUCGCGCUUUUUGCUCGGGGACCGAGGCCAAGAGCAAGGACCAAGAAGAUGACUCGGAAGAAGAUGCCUUUUCCGAACUCGAGAGCCCUGCUCAGAAAGGACCUUCUUUGGAAGAAAAUGAUGAUGAAUCGUUGUCCGAGUCAGACUUCUUAGAAGGCGAAACCAUCGAUGAUGAUGAUGUGGCGAACGAGCUAGAGAUAAUUGAAUCAGAGACCAAUGCCACUGGGAAGACAAAAUCGAGCCGGAAGAUUUUUAAUUCGACAAUGGCUGAGGCUAUAAUGGCAUCCCCCACUUUGCGCUUUAGCGAGGCUGCGGAGAAAUGGAUUAAAGAAGGAAAUGAGGUGACCCAAGACCAAAUAUCGUUAACCAUCGGCUGCUUCCGUAAGCGCCGAAUGUUCAACACAGCCUUGCAGUUUUCCGAGUGGCUAGAGUCCACGGGCCGCUUCAUCCCUAGCGCGAAGAAUUACGCAUCCCGUCUCGACCUAAUCGCCAAAGCGCGUGGCGUUCACAAGGCAGAAGAGUACAUCCAAUACGUGCCCGACUCGUACAGGGGCGAAAUCGUCUUUUCCACCCUCCUCGCCAACUUUGUCUCCGCCCGCGACGUGAACAAGUCCGAAGAUCUCUUCUGCAAGAUGAAAAAUCUAUUCCCCCUCACGCCCUUCCCCUGCAACCUUCUCCUCCUCCUCUACCAAAGAGUCGACAAGAACAAAAUCUCCCGAGUCCUCACAAUAAUGGAAAACGAAAACGUGAAGCCCAACCAUUUCACUUACCACAUACUCAUCGACACCAAGGGCCAGCUGGGCGACAUCCCUGGCAUGGAGCAAGUGGUCGAGACGAUGAAAAAAUCAUCUUGUGGGCCAAAUUUCAAGACCCAGCUGACUUUAGCCCGCCACUACGCAUCGAACAGGCUCCUCGACAAAUCGGAGGCUAUACUGAAAAAAAUCGAGGGGGGCAAUCUCGUAAAAAACCGCUGGACUGUGAAGUUUCUACUCCCGGUUUAUGGGCUUCUCGGGAAAGCGGAUGAGGUCCGGAGGCUCUGGCGGGCCUGCGGGCCCGAAAGCCCGAGUUUCAACGAGUGUUUAGCGGCAAUCGAUGCCUUUGGGCGAGUCGGGCUCGUCGAGGAGGCCGAGGGGGCUUUUCGUAAAUUGGAGGGGGGAAUGAAAAAGCCCUCCUUGAAGCAUUUUAUCGCGUUGUUAAAAGUUUACACGAACCAUAAAAUGGUGGAGAAGGGAAAAGAUUUAGUCGAGAGGAUGGCAGAGAGUAAGUGCUAUGUUGGGCCCCACACUUGGGAUGCGCUCGUGAGACUUUACGUGGAGUCAGGUGAGGUCGAGAGGGCCGACUCGAUUUUGGAGAAGGCCGGCGGGUUGAAGAAUAAGAAGCAGAAGAAGCCAUUGAUGGGAUCCUACCUGGCGGUUCUGGACGUGUAUGCUGGCAGGGGUGACGUGGCGAAUGCGGAAAAGAUUUUUAGGUGGAUGAAGCAGGCUGGGUACCCGGCUGCAGUGAAGCCGUAUAAGUCGCUUUUGUACGCGUAUAUAAAUGGGAAAGUACCGGCUUAUGGGUUUCAAGAGAGAUUGAAGGGGGACAAUGUGGUCCCGAGUAAUGCGUUGAGCAGUCUUGUGGCGCGGUCCGACGUGUUGUGGAAGUCGACGUUUGCCGAGCUUUAGGAUUAAGGAAGAGAA